AUAAUUAGGGUGAAACCAGACUGUCAGAGUGAAACUUGGUUCCAGGGCAGCGAAAGCAAGGAGUGACAAGGCUGUAAGAGGCUGUGACAGAUUAACAAGAACUGUAGGUGAUGAGUGUUCAAGCUCAUGAGCUCAUUAACAUGGAGACCAUCUUAGUCUUCAGCCUAAUCAUUGCAUCCUAUGAUUCCAACAGAAAAGACCUCAGAGACAGCAGCUGCCAAGUGGAACAGUUGCCUGAGUUCUUCCUAAAGGAUGUAAGAAGCAACAGGGAUUUGGUAAUAAGAGGAACUCGCACAGAUGUUGAAGAGCCCACCUUCAUCCAAAAUCAGACUAUAGCUACCCUUCAGUGCCUUGACUCUGGAGGAAAAGUGAGGAUCCACCUUGUCUAUUCAGAGAGAAGGCCAAAGGUCAAGUAUAUUCUGAAGAACCUGAGCAUCAUUGCUGUUCCCCAUACAAACAGCACGGCCUCCCCAAGCUGUCACCUAAUGCCCACAUCAGCGUUUCAGAAUGGAUCCUUUCUAAGAGCUUUUUUACCAGGGAUCUCCCAGUGCAAAGUAUACUCAGUGAAGGACAGAUCUGCUUCAUCAGAGACUUUUCCCAUUCCUGUGACCGCCACAACUGAAGACAAAGGAGAGAAAACUACAAGUUCUAGUGGUUCUUUCAGCCCUUUGUCACAAGGCAUAGAUGUGUACCUAAAGAAGAGGCAGAAAUGGAGUAUUGUAGUCAAAGCUCUGAUUGCUGCUAUCCUGUUGCUCAGUGGAGUCAUCAUUAUAGUAUUUGUCAUCUUUGAAGUUCCAUGCCCUUGUCAAUGCUUAGGAGCCAGAAGGCUGUGCCAAUGCCAGUGGUACAGAGAAAGCAAAGGAAGGAAGACCAGCCACCUGGGACAACUGAGUCCCAACUGAACUCUCAGGCUGAGAAGGUUGGACACGAUAUUCCUAACUCAUCAAACUCAAAGAAGGCUACAGGGAUCACUGUUAUCCACCAGACAUAUGUCUGAGAAGUUCUCUUUCUUCUACACUGCCUUCUCUUUAUUGCUAAUCAAUAUGGGAUGAUUUCUGAAAACAUUGUACUCAUACCUUCAUUGGGACAGCAUAAUCAAUAAUGCCAGGACAGUACAGGAAGACCCUGGGCUAAGCCGAAUUACCCUCAUGCCACUGCUACUGACACAGUGACAAGCCUCUGUGGUUCACUUUGUACAGCCAUAAAAAUGGGUAUCUUUCCAUUCCAACAAAUGAAGACCAAGUCUUUAACUCCAAGCAUUAUGAGUGGACCUUACUGCUCUCUCUGACAAUAGACUUAAUUAAACAUGACCUCCAAACUGGCCAAGGCAGCUGACAGUAUGACACACAUCCCAACCUCUGUUAUCCUCAUAACUUGCUUCUUAUAUACUAGCUGUCAAUAGAGGGGCACCUGCUUUCCCAGACUAAUAUUCAUAGGGCUUUUGGUUUAGCCUCUGUCACUACACAUAGUUAUCAACAUACUGGUAAAGGGAACCUAGCCUUUAGCCUUCUAAAAGUCUUCCUAAUAAGCCCUAGGGGUUUCAGGACUAUUCAGGUAAAUAGCAUUCAAAUGAAAUCUGAAAACCCAGAAUUCCUAAAGUGGAUCUGAUAUUAUGCCUUUUUCAAGCACUACUACUGAGCAGAAUACUAUGCCCUUUUUGUAAAAGUAUGUUUUGUUGGAGACCGGAUCUCAUUAAGGUAUCCUGGCACUCUCUUUGGGUAGGCCUUGAACUUUUCAUUCUUCUGCCUCCUCCUCCAAGAGGAGCUAGUAUUACAGGUAUGUACCACCAGGGCUGGCUAUGCCUUAUUUCAUUUUGGGGGAGUUUUGUUUUAUUUGUUCAUUUUUUAGCAGAGUCUCCCU